AUGUCCUCUGCAGUCCUUCUUUUCUGCACAGUUGCAGUGUUUUUAGAGGGUGCCUUUGGCCAAUGUAUUCGAAAUGGAAUAGCCCCAGGACUUGCCUGUAACUCAGUAGUACCUUCUGGGCUAACUUCCAGCUCUCCAUAUGAGACAUCAGCAAAUUGGGGAUCAAACUGCGGGCUUGGAAUUCCUGCCCUUGAUUUUAGUAUUGUUAGUGCAAAUAAAGGUGGAAUGUUAAAUGUUCAAAGUUCAUCGCCUAUAGCGCCAAGUAGCAUAACCGUCCAAUCAGAGAACACUAUCGAGGGUACUUUAUCAGCUAUUGGUACAUUACCAUUUCUUAGCGUUGUGACUUUGGAAGGCUCCCUACCAACACGUGGUUCUGGCGGUGUUGAAUACCACUGUGGAGAAGGUAUUGCACUAUUAAGUGAACAUUUCGGUGAAGAUAUUUUGAAUGGAGGUAUAAAUAGUAUAAGUAAUGAAGCAGUAAAUGUUCAGCGUAACUAUGCUUUAGGAUGUUUGGCAGCAAGUAAUGGAAGAAAUGAUAAUGGUAUUGUAGGUAAUCAUUUUAGAUCGUGUCUUGAGUCUACAAAUUUAAAAAAUUCCAGACCUGGAAAAAUGUUGGCUGGAUAU